UUAAAUUGAAUGAAGAAGUAAAAAUGAAUAAAGAAAAAAAAAUGUUUUUAUAGCAAGUGACAAAACGGUGGGCUGUAACUUACAAGUGGACCGCCAGAAAACCGAACAAAAGGCUAGCGGACCGCCAGCUCUGCCCCCAGUGGCCUUUUGAUACCAGUGAUGUAGUUUCUCAUCUUUAGUUUUGUUCCCCAAAUGCAGGCCUCGUGGUCACAUUGGAAAUUCUUCUUCAUCCGUUUUGCUCUCCUAAGCAUUGGCACUUCUCUUUAUACAUGUAAUGCCAAGUAGUGGUAUCACAUUGCUGCAUAUUCAGAGACGCACCAGAUGCUGACUGGUUGUGACGACAACGAUGGGAAGAAGCAAGCACCUGUUGUUGAAUGAAUUACAAAUCAGUCUGCAAAAGUUCACAUAGAGAGUUCUUACUGUAGCAUUUCGUCGACGUAUGGCUAACCGAAAUUGGCUAUGUGUCCUUUAUUUUCUCCCCCAUUAUUCAUGCAGCGGUAUCAGUUUGUUGUUGACUUUGUGCAAAAGCACGAACCCAAAAAGGUUCUGGACCUUGGGUGUGCGGAGUGUAGUCUUCUGCGGAAGUUAAAAUUCCACGGCAAUGGAGUUGAGUUGCUUGUCGGACUGGACAAGGAUAGCUCAGUCAUGCGAACAAGAAUGCACUCUUUUGCACCUUUGUCGAGUGACUACCUGCAGCCAAGAUCUGGACCUCUGACGAUCGAGCUUUACCAGGGCUCCGUGACCCAGCCAGACCCCAGCACCCAUUGCUUCGAUCUUGUCACCUGUAUAGAACUCAUCGAACACCUGCACCUAGAAGAAGUGGAGAGGUUUACGGAAGUGCUCUUUGGGUUCAUGGCACCCAGUAAUGUGAUCGUCAGCACUCCUAAUGCAGACUACAACCCUCUGCUGCCUGGUCUGGUGGGCUUCAGACACCAUGACCACAAGUUCGAGUGGAGCAGAAAGGAGUUCCAGCUCUGGGCUUUAAGGCUGUGUGAUCUCUUUGGUUACAUUGUGAGCUUUACAGGUGUAGGAUCACCAGCUGACUCCCACACAAAUGUUGGGUUCUGCUCCCAGAUCGCUGUGUUUAACCGAGAUCCCUCACGUCAGGAUUCAGCUCUGCAAUGUCGCUCGAGAGAGGAACCCACUGUCUACAGGCUGCUGUACUCUGUGGUCUACCCCAGCCUGAGUGAUAACAACAUCCUGCAGAGGACGCUGGUGAAUGAGGUGCUGUGCAGGGCCGAGCUAAUCAAGAGAUCGUGGCUGAGCGGAGAGUGGGUUGCAAAGACGGCACCAGAACCGUUCAUGCAGGGGAGCUCCGUGUGUGUGUCCCUGUUGGAUGUGUGGGCUUGUCCCAGGGUGAGGUCUCUGUGUGGCACACUGAGGAGGUUCACAGAGGCCCUUAUGGGUGAGCUGCGUGUGGAGCUGACCCCUGCCCGACAGGCCAUCAUCAUGCCAGCAGAUGAGGAGGAAGAGGAGGAGGUGGAAGAGGACGAAGAUGCGGAGGCUGCAGGGACGAAGUGGACGGCUACCACAGCCACGGAAGACUGGGAUGCGGAGAUGCCACACAAUUCAAACUCCAAUUUGCCAGAUUUCCAUGAUGCAUAGCAUGGUUCAACACAUACACACUCAUAAAUUCACAAUUCCCAAACUUAGUUGUUUGGUGUUCAUUUCUAACUUGUUCCGGCAAUGCCUUGGCAUUGGAGUACAUAGGCAGGAAAACUGAUUUUUCUAAACUGCUUAACAAGUCAGUAGCACUUCGAGAAGUCAUACCUGUUCUUUACAUUUGUUUAAGUAUCGUUUACCUCUAAAUAUUGUUUAUAAUUUAGGUAUUCUAUUUCUCAGUGUAUUUGCACUCGUCACCCAAUGACACUUGAUUGAAUCAUUUAAUUUGUUUGUCAUUUGUGGUCUUUUACUCCCCCCCCCCCAAGGGGUGUAUAAAUCUUUUUGCAGUUGCAAAAAAUAAAACCAAAAACUCACACUAUUCAAGUGUAAUUUCUUCUGCUUCUUUGAUUGGUUUGGAGAAUCGUGUCUAGGAAAGCUUCAAUGUCAUAUGAAGAUAUUAGGCCAAACAUAAUGCAGGGCAGUUUUUAAAAUAAGAAAGUGGGUCC